CUGUAUAUAUAUGUAUAUAACUUCGCAGUGCGUGCAAGAGGAGUGUCAAAUGUGCACGCUAUUUUGACAGUAAAUAAAUCUUUCUUUUCAUAACAUUGAAAGCAUCGGUGACCAUAGUUGGUAAAUUUGUAUAAAAUGGAAUCUAGUAAAUCAGAAUCAACUCCGAAACAAGCUAUGGUGUAUAUUUGUGGAGAGUGCCAUCACGAUAAUGAAAUACGUCCUAGAGAUCCAAUUCGAUGCAGGGAAUGUGGUUAUCGAAUUAUGUACAAGAAACGUACUAAAAGGCUUGUCGUAUUUGAUGCACGGUGAAGUUACUAUAUGAAAUAUGAUAAAUAUAUAAUGUUUAAGAAUAUAAAUUAUGAUAAUAUAGUUUAAUGUAAAAAUCAAAGGUCACGAUUUUUAAUAAAAAAAUACACAAUGUUAUUGUAAAUUGAAUAUUUAU